CACCGUCUCCCCGCCCCCUCUAUUAAACCGGCUGGGUCGUCUUAUCGAGGAAAACCUUCCUCCGUCUGUCAAUCUCCCCUUCCGAUUAUCCCGUUACGCUCCGCCGCUGGCCUGACAGCACCUCAAUAUGGGUUUCGUCGGUGUCUACUCGGCCAUCUACGACUACCAACCCCAGGGACAGGGGGAAUUGGAGUUGCGCGAAGGUGAUCUGCUAUAUGUUCUGGAGAAAAGUGCCGACGACGAUUGGUGGAAGGCUAAGAAGAAGGCGGAUCGUGACGAUGAGGAUGAACCGGAGGGUUUGGUGCCGAACAACUAUGUGGAAGAGGCUCAACCAACCCACACUGCAAAAGCCCUCUACGACUACACACGCCAAACGGACGAAGAGGUAUCUUUCUCCGAGGAUGCCGAGCUGCUGGUGUACGACACCGAGGACCCCGAUUGGACCCUCGUUGGGGUGAAUUCGGAUUAUGGGUUCGCCCCCGCCAACUAUAUUCAAAUCAUCGACCAGUCGGCAGCGUCGGUUCCUUCGCCUCCAUCGCCUGAGCCGGCUCCCCCUUCACUCCCGCAACGACCGGCCGCCCCCCCGGCGGACGAGUCCCCUGCGUCCGCCGCCAGCCCUGCCAUUGACUCCGCCCAGAAUCCCGCCGCGGCGGCCAUCGCAGACAUCAUCCACAAACAGCAUGCGGUCGAUUCCGAACCCCCCCGCUCCGUUCCCCCGCCACCCCAGCCCUCGUACGAACCCGAAGACAGCUACCGCGAACCGUCGCCGCCACCUCCGGUGCUUCCGCAGCGCCCUCCGUCGGGGCAGAUUUCGUCCCCGGUCAUUCGCGAGCCGCCGCCCCAGCCCUCUCCACCCGCACGCACGCACCUCUCAGGCGUCCGACGCGGGGAUCAGGAACAUGUCAAAGAGUCUCCCCCCUAUCCCCGAUUUGGACAGCCCGCCCCACGGUCUCCCUCCGGCUAUCACAUGUACAAUAUCAACGAGAUGGUGGAAGUCAUGGGCAAACGGAAGAAGAUGCCGACGACCCUGGGCAUCAAUGCGGCCACCGGAACGAUCUUUAUCUCCCCGGAGGAUGACGGCGACUUGCAGGAGUGGACGGCGGACAAGCUCACGCACUACGCCGUGGAAGGGAAGCACGUGUUCAUCGAUUUAGUCCGGCCAAGCAAAAGCGUCGACUUCCACGCCGGUGCCAAGGACACGGCCCGAGAGAUUGUCGGUGCCCUGGGGGAGAUUGCGGGCAUCUACCGCGCAGAGGGUCUCAAGGAAGUGGUGGCCGCGGGGGUGGGCGGUGCGCAGAAGACGGGUCAGAUCCUGUAUGAAUUCAUGGCCCAGGGGGACGAUGAAGUGACGGUGGCCGUGGGUGACGAGGUCAUCAUUCUUGACGAGACCAAGUCGGACGAGUGGUGGAUGGUCCGGCGCCUGAAGAACGGCAAGGAGGGUGUUGUCCCGAGCAGCUAUAUCGAGAUCACCGGCACGGUGCCCAAGGCGCCUGCUGGUGUCGAGUCGGGGCUGUCGACCGUCGAAAAGAACCGCCUGGAAGAGUCGCGUCUGGCCAAGGAAGCGUUACACAAGUCGAAGACGGAGGACUCGCUCGACUCUCCCAGCCCGGAGCGAAAACGUGACAGCAAGAGCAGCCACAAAGCGAGCUCUGUAGAACCGGACCCGACCAAGACGAGACAAUGGACCGACCGUACCAAAACCUUUACCGUGGAUGCUCAGUUCAUCGGUCUGCAGGAUGGUAAGAUCCACUUGCAUAAGAUGAACGGAGUCAAGAUCGCGGUCCCCAUCGCCAAGAUGUCCGCCCAGGAUCUGGAGUACGUUGAGCGCGCCACCGGUGUGUCGCUGGAUGAGGACAAGCCGCUGUCGGACAUUCGCAACCGUUCUCAGGCAGAUGGCAAACGAGCCGGGGCGUCUUUCCAACAGUCCGACUACGACUGGUUCGAUUUCUUCCUGAAGGCCGGCGUGGGUCCGCACCAAUGUGAGCGAUAUGCGCAGAACUUCGUCAGAGACUCCAUGGACGAUAGCAUUCUCCCUGAUAUCACGCCCGAGGUCUUGCGCACCCUUGGUUUGAAGGAAGGGGACGUCCUGCGGGUGAUGCGCUACCUGGACACCUUAUUCAUCCGUGGCAAGCCACGAGGACGCAAUGUGAGUUUCGGCGGGGAGGAAGUGAUCGGCAACGGGGAAGACGCCGGGGGUCUGUUUUCGGGCCCUGGGGGCGCGUUGCGCAACAACACCCGCAAGGGCCGGCCUGCGCCAGCGGUCCAGGCUGGCGAUGUCGUGGACCCCAAGGCUUUCGAGCAGAAAGACUCGUCCCAACCAACCGAGCGGAAAGAUUCGCCGCCGCCGUCGACGCCGGCUGAGCAGCCAGUGAAGAAGGGCUUCGAUGAUGACGCCUGGGAAGUCAAACAACCCAAGCCGACCGUUUCGGCCUCGGCUGCGACAACCGCCUCGCCCACAGCCACGGCGUCUCCCACCACCAGCAGCCAGCCUAUCACCCAGAAACAGCUCACGGGGGCCCUGGCCGAUCUUUCCGUCCUUCACCCUCCGCUUCAACCGGCCCAGACCCAAAACGCACCCGUGACCGCGUCUCCCCCGGUCAUUCAACCCCAGGUGACCGCAGCCCCAGUGCAGCCGCAGCCGACCGGUGCGACGCCCGGCUUCUUCAACCAGCUGGGCCAGGCGCAAGGGUUCAGUCCCCAGGCGACUGGCCUGCAAGCGGCGGCCCGACCCCGCCCACAGGCUCCUCAAACCAUGGGCCAGAGCUCUCUCCUCCCUCCUCCCCCACCCCGACCUCUGUCGGCGCCGCAGAACUUCACCCAACCGCCGAACUCCUUUGGCGCUGCUCCCCUGCAACCCCAACUGACCGGCAUCCCGCAAGCGGGGCCCCCGGUCGCUCCCCCCGGACAGAGCCUGGCCGAACUGAACCAGCAGCGCUUCCAGCCACAAGUAACCGGCUUCGCGCCCCAGAAUCAGUUCCAAAAUGGACUGGCCCCGCAACCGACGGGAUUCCAGCCCCAAUCUCAAUUUGGCAUCCAGCAGCAACAGCAACAACAGCCGGGUUUCCAGGGUCUCGCGCCGCAGCCGACAGGCUUUGGCGGUUUCUCCGCGCCCCCGCAGCAGCCUAUGCAGACCGGCAUCAACUCCACUCUCCCGCCUGCCUUGCAACCCCAGCCUACAGCCAUGAAUGGCAUGCCGUACAGUGUAUCUUCACCCCCGCCCGUGCCGCCAAUCCCCCAGCAGCCAACCGCUGCGCCCUUGCAGCCGCAUAAGACCGGGCCGCCCCCGCCCGUUCGCUUCGGAGUCAAGCCCGAGGCGAAGAAACUUGCGCCACAGCCGACCGGCAUGAAAGCCAAUCUUUCACAAGCCACUCCCGCCAACCCAUUUGGCUUCUAAACUGCGAACAACGUGUAUAUAAUUUUUUUUUCUUCCCCCACUAUCUACCGGCACAUGACCUUUCCAGCCUAUACAUUUGAAUUCCCUUUCUUUUUUGCUCUCCAUGGAGACGGACGGGGUUGCGCACAUACCGUAGAUGAUGCUGUCUGUAAUGUGAAAAAAUUCUCUUCUGGACACCGCGAGUUUUGAUUGAGACAAUUAUACAUACAGGAAGAAUCUCGGAGUGUCUUGUUUGUCACGCAGCGCUUCAGCGACUUGGCUUUCCUUCUUUCCUUCUUCUUUUUUCUUUGAAUCUACCUACCUCUGUUAUUUCCUUUGUCUUUCCUUUCCUUAAUUUUUCUUUCCUUUUCUUACCUUUUUCUUUUUGUUGAUUUUCUUUUCUUGUUGACCCAGACUUUUUUUUGACCUGUGAAGAACUGACCCAAUACUGUGUAUGUAAUGUUGAUAUUUAGACUUUUU